AACACAGAUGGUGUGAAUUAAUCUUUGGGACAAAACAAGUUUGGGUAUAUUUUAAAACUGUUGUUUUUACAGCAGAAUUGCAGAUGUUUGUGGGCAUAUCUGAAUUGGUGACAACGUGUUUCAGUGCACAGACUCUGAGGGGAAAAUCCUUGCUCCUGACUGCUGUUACCAGGCCAGUAAAUAGUGAUUCACAUCGCAUGUAACAGGCUGCGAGUCAACGACUCAUUUUUUCCGACGACUUCAGGCACCAGAGGAGCGUCGCAGCACUCACACACUGCUUCGUCGCUGGGGUUUCUUUGCAAGCCAGUUUGGAGAUGCUCCAGGGGGCAGUGAGCAGGGCCGUGCUCUGCCUGUCCUGCUCCCUCCUGCUGGUGGGGGUCUGCUCCCCAGCGGAGGGUGCAGCGGCAGCGGGGCCUCUUACUCUUCUCCCUGAACAACUGUCUGGGGAACCUGACCUUGAGGACGGGGAGUGGGGCUCUGGAUCAUCUCUUCUGCACCUGCUACACAGCUUCCCUGCUGACAGCCCCUUCAUAACAGAGACCCCAGGAAAACCAGUCAACUGCACCCAACGCUUCUGGUUACCACCGUCCUCUGCGAUCUGCUGGGAAAACAUAGCUGGACCCAAGGAGUUUGCCAAGUCCCGUCUGCUUGUUCUCCAGAACAGGGCUGCCCUGCAGGCUGUGUCCACCACCAGCGGGGUGGAGGAGGGAGGGCUCUCCUAUGAAAAUCAAGCCAGAGAGGAGGUCCAGGGGAUCGUCUCAGACCACCUGAGUAUGGUAGAGACUAUGGAGACCAUGGAGAAGGUGUUUGUCUCUUUGGAGGAGAAGAGGAAAGAGGGGACGGAGCGGGGGGUCCUCACAAGCAUGAAGGAGCAUCUGGCCGACACAAAGGACGCCAUAGAGGGAAGAGAGCACAUGGCAAACAUCCUGGAGAAUAAGUUUUCUACUUUAGAGAAUAAUCUGCUUAACAUGCAGUUCAGACUCAACAAACUCAUCCUACAGUGACAAAGACCGGUCGCCUUAUUUGAGCUGUAUUUAUAUAUUCAUGUAUUGUGCAGUAAUGUAGCAAAUGCAUGCAUGCUCAUGAUUAUGUAAGUAUGUAGUAUGAGGACAAAAUAUAUGAUUGAUAAGCACCUACAAGUAACAUGUGUAACCUUGAAUCAGCUGAGAUAAUUAAACCUCACAUUGUCGGGGAGAUUAUGUAGCUGCUAAAUCACGUUUUGUAUUUCCAGUUUGCAGACAUGCUCCAUAUGGAGAUUUCACGGUAAUGCUAACAGCCUCUCGUAAAACUGGAAGACACUUGUGAAGCUUGGAACAGAAUAACCAACACAUCAUUCAGCAUUAAUAAACUGCAUUUUCUAUCUCUCAAUAAAAUAAAAUAACUGCAGCGCAACAUGAACAUUAGACAGCAU